AUGGCGGCGGCGGCGGCACGGUGCAUCUUGCAGGAGGAGGUGGGCGAGCCGCGGGCGGCGCCCGCAGCGGGCGCGCGGCCCCCGGCGGCGGCGGCCGAAGAGAGGCCGGCCGCCGCCCCCGCCGCCUCCAAGGCCGGGCUGCAGCUGGACCCGGUGGAGCAGAUCCGCUACGGCGAGCUGCAGUUCCACUCGCACCUCGGCUCCGGCGAGUUCGGGCAGGCGCCGCGCGCCGCGCCGUGCAUGAUUCUCACCGCCACCUACACUCUGUGGGAGGCCGCAAAGCUUGUGUGGCUUUCCCUCUCCCCGAUAGCAACUUCCGCGCCGGCUUGCGCGGUGCAGAGUAGCUACCUUGGAUCGCCCUACGUGUUCAGUCUGGUGACUCUUCUGAUCGAGAUCCUCGUCGGGGAGCUGAGCUGCCCACCGCUGCUCGCCGUCGUUCCGUGCGAUCUCGAGGGGGGCCCGAUCCGCGAUCAGGUGCUGGGGCCGCCGUCGCAAUGGGGCCGGAUCUUCGAAUUUGGACAGCUUCCGCGGCCCGCACAGUACGAGCGAGCUCGAGCAGCGGAUCGAGCUCAGAAUCUUCGGAGGUUGAUCCCCGCGCUCGACGGCGACGUGGUCGCUGAGGCUCUCGUUGUGGCGGACCCGGGUGCUGCGCCUGUGGAUGGCACGCGCGCGCCCGAUGGGCCAUGCGCGUUGCCGCCGCCGACCCCUGUGGUCCGCCCAGAGGACGCGGUCGCGCUGAAGGCCGGGGGGGACCUCGGGCUCAAUUUCGGGGUGGGUCGCUUGCCUGCUCCAUUCCGCCGCUGGUACGACAUCAGCGGCUCUGCAGCUGUGGGGCUUGAGAGGCCCACUAGCGAGGGCUGGGUCCUCAGCGGCGAAUCCUGUUCGCUCCUACAGGACGGCGUUGUGAAGAUGAACUCGGAUCGCGACGGCACCAGUUCUGGCCAUGGCGACGGGGAGGAUGAGCAGGAGUUCGACGCCCGCAUCCUGGAGAUCUCCAGGGAACGCCCGAGCCAGCGUUUCAAGGAUUUCAAGGUGGCAGUGGACCUCACGUCUGAGAUGGCUUGGGACUCAGGGCCCCUGGCGGGGCCGCGGACGACGAAAUGGUGCUUGCAGUUCAUUCUAAAGACCAAUGCUUCCAGCCAGCCUGACAUCGUCUCAUUGCCCGACGUGGGCGGCUUGGCCGACGGCGAGCAGGUGCUGUCUGGCGCCAUGCGUGACUUGAUCCUGCAGAUGCACCGUGCUGGGCUGGUCACGCUUCGACCAGAGCGCCCAGCCGCGGUUGGCAUUUUCUUCGUCGCAAAGAAGGGCGGCAGGCUACGUGCGAUCCUGGGCGCCAGAGAAGUCAACGUUCUGUUCGCGGAGCCGGCGCACGCGAGGCUGCCCGCGCCCGUUUCUUGGGCUUCAGUCGAGAUCGGAGUCGCGGGCGACCUCGUCCUCUCGCAGAUGGACGUCGACAGCGCUUUCUACCGCUGCAAAGCACCUCCUGGAGUGUCGGACUGGUUCGCACUACCUCGAGCCAUGGCAACGGCCGGCGCCCUCCGUGCCGCGGCCCCCGCGGCGGCUUGCCUGUUGGAUAAGAAGCAGGCCUUAGACGUCACGGGCGCCAACUUCGGCGCGGUCAUCUACGCGGGCAACGCGGGGAUUGCGGGCACCGGCGACGGCGUCAUUAGCGGCGCGGAGCUCGAUCACGGGUUGCCCGGGGCUCAGUUCAUUGGAGUGACCCUGGGCAGGGUCAGCGGGCGCAUCUCCGUCGGCCACCGACGCUGUUGGAAGGUGCGCCUCGCGAUCCAAGGCAUCCUGGAUGAGGCUUUUUGUUCUGGUGAACUGCUGCGCCACAUUGUGGAUCGUUUCACGUGGCCCUGGUCCACGGUUGUCGCGGCGUCUGACUCGGAUGGCGCCAACGCCACCGACAACGGGGGCUUCGGCAUCGCGAGUCGGGGCUACCAGCUGGACAUCGCGCGGGGCUGUGGCCGACAGAGCGAGCGCUGGAGGUUCGCCGUCGAGGGCGCGGCGGAGGCGAGGCAGAGGGCGCUGGACGACGAAAAGGCAGACGCUUCUCAGCCAGAUCCUGCCCGCGACUGCCCACUGGACGAAUUGGCGCCCGAGCUAUUCGACAUUCGCCGCGGUGACAUCGGCGACUUCAGCCGCGACUGGGGCGCCGAGUCGCGGGCUGCGCUCCAGUCUGCUGUCGAGGCUCUCGCCAGGACCAGCGACGGGGAGGCCGUCGUCGGCGAGUUCGACGACGGGGGCUGGCAUCCGACCGGCUGGGCUCACGCAGUGGGAUCUCCAGACGGUGGCUUCGGCGGUUGCACGGCACCGACUUUGAGCUCGGCGAAUCGGGCGACUCAGAACCCGAAGAUACUGACCGCCAGGAGCCUGCCGAUGCCAGCCGGGAUGCCAGUGACUGUGGAAGGCCAGGACCGCGCCAGCCAGCCACGCGCACUACGCGCGAGGCGGUGGCGCCGAGAGCACUUCAGCAAGGCGACGCAGGCGAGGCAGUUCGGUCAGUUCUUUUUGGAGGCGAUCAGGGGCGCGAGACCUUCGGCGAGGAUGCGCGACAGAUGCGCUCGGGACUUCCAGCGGUGGGCCAGCGACAACCGCCUGCCACUGAACACGAGCGCGGACGCCAGCACAGUGGUGCUGGAGCAGGGCCCCGAUGCCCUGGCCGCGCCGACCAGGGCCAAGGAUUCCGACGAGAGCCUCCUGCUAGCCAGCAUCGAGCUCACGUAUUUGUACCCGCGCUUCAUCACCCUGAUGAAACGCGCCAGCCACGAUGUGGUGCGGUCCUUCGGCUAUCGGAAGUUCUCGAGCCCCUUCAAGAUGUUUGCCGAGGUGGCGGGCCUGGGCCAGACCAACCUGCACCCUUACAUGAUGAGGCACGGUGGAGCAUGCGACGAUGCGCUCCAUCAGGCGCGGUCGCUGGAGGCCAUCAUGCGACGCGGCCGUUGGGCUGCGGACACCUCGGUGAAGCGGUGCGUUCCGGCACCGCCAGGGGCCGUGGGCAAGAGGGGGUCCAUGACUUUAUUGAAGUGGGAGGGCGUGGACGGGGAGGAGAGCUGGAUCAGGGACGUCGAGAUGACCAAUCACUUGCAGGCCGACAUGUCCUCCGAGUUCGCUCCCGAGCCUGCGCUGGAGGACGGCGGCGUGUGGGACUUCUCCGGGGACGCGCCCACCUUCGCCACGCCGACCGGGCCGCAGCCGGAGGCGGUGCCCAUCGGCCUGCUCUCCGCGGGCGGCGGCGGCCACCUUCCAGAGGCGCGCCCGCGGGCCGAGCUCGGCCGCGCUAGCUGA